UCUUUCGAUGGCCAGAUGUUCCAGGACGGUGUGGAGUGGCAACCCAGCCAGUGUGCUAGAUGCGCUUGCCGGAACGGGACCGUAUUGUGCUUCACAACCGUUUGUCAUCCUGUAUCAUGUCACCAGGAUGAAACAGUGGCUGUACCUGCUGGAAAAUGCUGCCUGGAAUGCAUUCCAAAAUCCUGCUCUGUAUCGGGGAGAGCAUUUAAGCAUGGCGAACAGUGGCAGAAAGAUGCCUGCACAACUUGUAUAUGCGACAGAGGAGAGUCCAAGUGUCUGAGACAAGCCUGCAGCCCGCUGACUUGUGAUAAGGGGGAGAGUAAAGUGAGACGUCCGGAGAAAUGCUGUGAGGAGUGUGUUCCUUCCCAAGGGAGAUGCGUACAUGAAGGCUCAGUCAGAUACCACAAUGAGAUGUGGAGCGGCCCUCAUUGCGAGUUCUGUGUGUGUGACAGAGGGCAAGUUGCUUGCUGGAACGGAGAGUGUGCCAAAGUGGAAUGUGCCCCGGGUGAAGAAUUAAUUCAUUUAGAAGGCAAGUGCUGUCCUGAAUGUAUUUCAAAAGGUGGCCCCUGUGUUUACAAAGAACAUACCAAAGAUAGUGGUGAAAAAUGGAAGGAAGGUCUGUGCCGCGAAUGUCAGUGCCAGGACACCGAGGUGGUCUGCUCUUCUGCAUCUUGUCCGACUUGCCCCUCGGGCAGCGUGCCGGUGGCUGUUCCUGGGGAAUGUUGCCCGCAGUGCAAGCCAGGGCAGUGCCAUUCCGACUGUUUGACCUGCUCACAGUCUUUCGAUCGCUGUGACACCUGUCGUGAUACGAGCAAGUUCCUGCAGAAUGGACACUGCACGGCCAGUUGCGGGUCUGGAUACUAUCAGGAUUCUGGGCUUUGCUUAGCCUGCAAGAAUACGUGCUCUACUUGCACCGAUGAAUUCACAUGCAAUUCAUGUAGAGAUUCUCUGCUGUUAAAGAAUGGCCAGUGUGUGGAAUCAUGUGGAGAAGGUUUUUUUCCAGGACCCCUUCAAUGUACAGCUUGUCAUGAAUCUUGUUCUACCUGCUGGGGCCCUGCUGCAAACAACUGUUUGGCCUGCAAAGACCCAUCUCGUGUGUUGCUGGAAGGGAGCUGUGUUGCUAGUUGCAGCCGUGGAUUCUACGUCAAGGAUGGCAUUUGCAAUGCUUGCAACGAAACUUGUGGAACAUGUUACCCAGACCGUCCCAGAUGUUUAACUUGUACUUCUGAUAGAGUUCUGCAUGAUGGAGACUGCAUGUUGGAAUGCCCCAACGGCUACUAUUCAGACAGUUCACGGAGAUGCAGAGUUUGUCACAGAUCAUGUGCCAGCUGCAUUGGACCUCUCUCUGUUCAGUGCACUUCUUGCUCUUAUCCUUUGGCACUACGUCAGGGUCAGUGCCUGUCAGCUUGUGGGGAAGGCUUCUAUCAGGAUCACACUGUCUGCAAAGGUUGCCAUUCGUCGUGUCGUGAAUGUGUUGGCCCAGAACAUUUACACUGCACGCAAUGCAUGAAGCCAGAAGAAGGUCUGCAGCCGGAAGAGAAACUUGGAAGGACACCCAAUGGUGUCUGCCUUCCCCAAUGCAAAGCUCACUUCUACCUCAGUAACGAUGGGGUAUGCAGAGAGUGCCACGCCUCCUGCAUAUCCUGCAUGGAGAAGUCUGCUGAGAAUUGCACAGCAUGUCCACUUUCCCAAGUCCUUUACGAAGGCCGGUGCCUGUUGGCUUGUCCAGUGGGAUGGCAUGAUCGGGAGGCGCAUUGCUACCCAUGUCAUCCCUCUUGCAAGACAUGCCGGGGGCCUUCAGACGCUGACUGUGCAAGCUGUCAACCCCACGCCACGUUUGCAGAUGGAAGAUGUAGGACUUCCUGCACAGAAGAGCAAUACCUUAACCUGGUGGGAUACUGUGUCGACUGUCACCCUCUGUGCCAGCAAUGUGUGGCAGAUCUCCAGGAUACAGGAAGCAUUUGCUUGAAGUGUCAAAAUAGCCGUCACUUGCUCCUGAAGGAUGGCUGUGUGCCUGACUGCCCCGUGGGAUACUAUAAAGAUGAUGGAAUGUGCAAAAAGUGUCACCCUUCAUGUAAAACUUGCAGCAGCGGAGAUCCUUCCUCAUGCAUGUCCUGUGAUUCCAACUUGGUUCUUUCGCACACCGGCACCUGCAUCUUGGCCUGUCACCUGGGAUACUAUAGGGACGAGAACCAACAUUGCAAACCUUGCAGUGGUCCGUGUCUGAGCUGUGACUCAGGAACUGCUUGUACUGCCUGCAGAGACUCAUCCAAAGUCUUGCUGUUUGGUGAAUGCCAGUACGACAGCUGCGCACCUCAGUAUUACCUGGACUUCUCUUCCAAGACCUGCAAAGAGUGCGACUGGAGCUGCAACGCCUGCCACGGUCCCCAGAGCACCGACUGUUUGCAAUGCAUGGAGGGAUACGUCCUCCACGAUGGCGCCUGCAUGGAACAGUGCCCGUCGGCUUUCUACAAGGAAUCUGACACAUGCCAAAGAUGUGAUGCCCACUGCCUUGAGUGCCAUGCGCCCGGUGAAUGCAGCCGCUGCGAAGCCCCGUUUCUUCUCUUGGAUUCACAGUGCGUCAUGGAAUGUGGGAAACUGUACUACGCAGACCACGGAGAGCAAAAAUGCUCAGCUUGUCCCGAGAGAUGCCUGGAAUGUGACGGAUCCGGUCAGUGCCGUGCAUGUGACACCACCACGUUUCUGCAGGAAGGGCGUUGUGUUUCUGACUGCGGCCGUGGUUUCUACAGCCAUUCUCAGAAAAGGGAGUGUGAAGCUAUUACUCAUGCUCCUAGGCUCAGUGCAAAUGGUUCACUCCAGGUGGGGAUCGGCAGGGUGAAGCCGCUCGACUUUUCGUUCGUGGAGAUUCAGGGCUUUGAUGGGCAGAGAGAAGAGCUGCAGUUCCGUGUGGCUAGCUCUCCCACCAAUGGGCGUUUGCUGGCCGUAGCAACUGGGCAAGAGACAGAGCUGACGCGGGGCGACCAUUUCACCUGGGAGGAUGUGAAGGAGCAGCGGGUUCUCCUGGUGCAUGAUAAGGAGAAAUCCAGGAGCGGUCACUUUUCCUUGACAGUCGGCCUUCAGCAGUACUUCUCUGAACCUGAAGUGUUCAACAUUCAAGCCCUUUCCACACAGGCCCCCCGUGUGCUAAAGAACGAAGCCCUCAUUCUUGGCAGAGGGGAAGUCGGAGCCAUAACCAACCUUUUGCUUGACAUUUGGGACAACGACAAUCCCCAGGACGUGACGGUGACAGUUUUGGACCCUCCACGUCACGGGCAGCUAGUCAGGUCUCCCGGGAAUGCAUUGUCUGCAACAAGCGUGUUCAAGCUUGAUGACCUUGCAGGAGGACUUGUGCAUUAUGCCCAUGAUGGAUCAAGGAGUUCGGAAGACAUGGCUGUUCUACAAGCAAGUGAUGGGUGCUGGUCCCAGAACAUACUCUUCCAUAUCGAGACUACUCCAAAAAGCAGCGAGGGUUCCCAGCUAGUCCCCAGCUCCACGGUGUGGGUCCCCGAAGGAGGCAUGCUGCAAAUCACCAGCAAAGUUCUACACGCCGAGAUGCCAGGGGUCAGUGAUUCUGCAAUCAUCUACACAAUUAGAGACCCACCACUAUAUGGUGAAGUGGUGUUUCUGGUCUCCAUGCCUGCAGAUGACCCUGGGCUAAAAUGGCAGCCUUUGCCCAACGGAAGAGCAGCCACACCAACCACUUCUUUCAGCCAACACGACAUCAACGAAGGUGUCAUAUGGUACAGGCACUCUGGAUCUGAGACGGAGAGCGACUCCUUCCGCUUCCAGGUGUCCAGCGCUGCCGUUCCACAAGCCCAUCUGGAGACCCAUCUGCUCAACAUUGCCGUUCUUCCGCAUUCUUCUGAGCCACCUCAGCUCUCCCUUGGUUCUUCUCUCCAUAUGACCGCUUUGGAAGACCGUGUGACCUCCUUAGAACCCCUUCAUCUUUCUUUUGUUGACUCGGAGAGUCCCAGUGAGAGCAUUGUAUUCAAUGUGACUGUACCUCUGCCUCCAAAUCAAGGCAUUUUGGAACACAGGGACAAGCCUUUCUCCCCAGUAAAGUACUUCACACAGGCGGACAUCAACCAUGGCAAGAUUUUGUACCGCCCACCCACUGCAGCUCCACAUAUGAGAGAGAUGAUGGAGUUCUCCUUUGCUGGUCUUCCAGAAUCCAUCAGCUUCCGUUUUACAGUGUCUGAUGGCGAGCAUACGACUCCUGAAAUGGUGUUUACCAUCCACUUGUUCUCUGCUGGGGAGAAGCCUCCAUCAUUCCAGAUCACGGCGCCAGUGCUAGAGGUCAGCCAAGGUGGCAGAGCUACCAUUGGGAUACAGCUGGCUGUCCGUGAUGCGCACACAACUCCCCAAGACCUCUUCUUUGAGUUAGUGGAUCCUCCACACCAUGGAGUUCUCCUCAAGUACAGUACUGGAUUUCCCAACCACAUGAGCACUGGCGAUACCUUCACAUAUGAGGAAAUCACCGGGAAUGCUUUGCAGUAUAUCCAUGAUGGCUCAUCAGCAGCAGAGGACGGUAUGGAAAUUUCAGUGACUGACGGAAUGACGACAGCAACAGCUGUGUUAAAAGUGAAAGUGGUGUUGAUGGACAGCGAUGGACCACAAUUGGCUCCUGGCUGCUCGCUAACUGUCACGGUCGCUAGUAAAAGCUCUGUGAUCAUCACUCGGUCCCACCUUGCUUAUGUGGAUAAUAAUUCCCCUGAUUCCAAGAUAAGGGUUCAGUUAAUUUCGCUUCCCAUGUAUGGUACCCUUUGGCGAGUGACUCCAGGACAGCAUCCUGAGGCGUUUUCUGAAGUUUAUAAUUUCACAAUGGAAGACAUCAAUAACCAAAGAAUCAGAUAUUCUACAGAUUUUGCAGCCAUCGAUCAGCCAGUCACAGACAUUUUCCACUUCGCUGUUUUUGAUGCUGACAAUAACCAACUUGAAAGUCAAAUGUUCACCAUCACAAUCACGGAUGCCCAGAGCAAGCCUCCUAUCUUCGCUUUUGCCGACCAUAUCACGGUGGAUGAAGGAGGGAGGAUUCCACUUGGAGCUCACCAUACACUCGCUGUUGGUUCUAAUCUUGUCCAAGAAGACUUAGUGGUGAAAAUCAUAGCUUUGCCAAAAUAUGGAUACAUUGAAAACACCAAGACAGGUAGGCGGCUUGGUCCUCGCGGCACCACAAGCUCAGAUGUGACAUUCUCCAUUCAAGAUGUGCUGGAGAAUCACAUUUAUUACUUUCAAAGUGUUCACGAAAAUAUCGAACCAUCCAUGGAUACCUUUAGCUUUUAUGUCAGUGACAGUUUCAGCCAGUCAGAAACUAGCAGCGUCAAUAUCACUAUCAAGCAUCGGAAUGAUGAGCCUCCAGAAUUGGAGCUGGAGCCUGUUGAAGUUCAGGACAGCAAUAGAGUGGUCAUCAGAAAUUACUCUUUGAGGAUGAAAGACCUGGACACGCCUGACAGCCAGCUGGUCUUUGUCAUCACUAAGAAACCCACGCACGGCGCUCUUCUCAAGAGAGUGUCUCACCUAGAUCCUUUGGAGAAUGGACAAGCUCUGUCAGAGGGCUCGACCUUCACCUAUCGAGAUGUCCUGGAUGAACUGAUCGUUUAUGCACUUGAGAAUCCCAAAGCACAGUCCGAUGAGUUUAAAUUCUCACUCACUGAUGGACUCUACACACAGACCGGGAAGGUGGAGUUCACCAUGGAGCAGCCGAGCACAGAUCCACCCAGGCUGGCUGUGAACAGGGGCCUGCAACUUCCUGCUGAGGACCAGUUGCCCCCAUCCGUCAUUGUCAACACCGGACUCUCCCUGGACGAAAACUCAGUAAAGAAGAUCACCACCCUUGAGCUGUCUGCCACAGAUCAGGACAGUGAGCCAACCGAUCUCCUGUACCGGAUCAUCAAGCAGCCCCAGCUGGGACACCUGGAGCAUUCCGCAUCGCCAGGCAGAAGGAUUAGCUCCUUCAGACAGGCGGACCUCAUUUCCCGCAGUGUACAGUACAUCCAUACCAGCGAGGCUGAGAAACAUUCAGACUCCCUUACUUUCUCAGUUUCUGAUGGCACGCAUGAGGUGGUCCAGAACUUUGACAUCAGCAUUAAUCCCGUAGACGAUUCUUUACCCAUAGUGCAGAGCCCCGGAAUGAGGGUCCAGGAAGGAGUCAGGAAAACCGUAACAGAAUUCGAGCUUAAAGCCACAGACGCCGACACGGAGGCCAAAUCCAUCACAUUCACAAUUGUACAACCCCCACGCCAUGGCUUGAUUGAACGUACCGUCGAUGGGCACCAUUAUCGCCAGACCCACGCUUUCACAAUGGAGGACGUCUACCAGAACCGGAUCAGUUACAGUCAUGAUGGCAGCAACUCACUGAAUGACCGCUUCACCUUCACUGCAUCUGAUGGCACCAAUCCCUUUUUUGUUGUGGAGGAAGAUGGGAAAGAGAUUGUGACUGCUGUGCCCCAGUGGUUCAGAGUGGAAAUUCUUCCUGUGGACGAUGGAACUCCAAGAAUUGUCACUAACUUGGGCCUGCAGUGGCUGGAGUACAUGGACGGCAAGCCGAAGAACCUGAUUACCAAGAAAGAGCUGUUGACUGUGGAUCCUGAUACUGAAGACAAACUGUUGAUCUACGAGAUCACAACAGGACCCGAACAUGGUUACAUAGAGAAGAAGCUGCAGCCAGGAACACCUGUGACUUCAUUCUCACAAGAGGAAGUGAACCUGGGACUGAUCCAGUAUGUGUUGCAUGAGGAGAAGAUUCAAGAGACAGAGGACAGUUUUCAUUUCCUGGUAAAGGACAGCAAACCCAGCGUGGUCACCGGCAAUGUCUUCCAUAUACAGUGGUCUCUUAUCAGUUUUCAGCAUACCAGCUACAACGUCAGUGAAAAGGCGGGCUCUGUCAGCGUAACUGUGAAGAGGACUGGCAACCUCAAACAAUAUGCUAUUGUCCUCUGCCGUACGGAGCAGGGAACUGCCACAUCCAGCUCCGGCUUACAGCCAGGAGAACAGGACUACGUAGAGCAUGCGGGCCAGGUACAGUUCGACGAAGGGGAAGACACCAAAUCCUGCACCAUUGCUAUCAAUGAUGAUGAUGUCUUCGAAAACACGGAGAGCUUCACAGUGGAGCUGAGUAUGCCAGCCUAUGCCUUGCUUGGAAGGAUCACUGCAGCCAAAGUUUUCAUCAGCGAUACAGAAGACGAACCCACCAUACAGUUCGACAAGAAAGUCUACCACAUCAGCGAGAGCGCUGGCAUCCUCUCUGCUCCCAUUGAAAGGAAAGGAGACUCCAGCAGCAUCGUGUCUGCAAUUUGCUACACAGUCCCCAAAAGCGCUAAAGGCAGCAGCGUGCAGGCGCUGGAGUCUGGUUCGGACUUUAAGUCCAGAGGAAUGUCCAAUGAGAACCGUGUUGUGCUGGGGCCUGGUGUAACGAUGACAACCUGUGAUGUGAAACUGAUUGAUGACAGCGUGUACGAAGAGGAGGAAGAAUUUGAAAUCGCUCUUGCCGAUGCAUCGGAGAAUGCGCGCAUCGGGAGCAUUGCAUCAGCCAAGGUUAUGAUCAGCGGGCCCAACGAUGCCUCAACAGUGUCCCUUGGAAAUGCUACUUUUACUGUCAGCGAGGAUGCAGGGAUUAUUGAAAUCCCAGUGACCAGGCAUGGACCUGACCUCUCCACCCCCACCUCUGUGUGGUGUGCCACUCGGACAUCAGAUCCACCUUCCGCUACACCAGGAAUCGAUUACAUUCCCAGUUCAAAGAAAGUGGACUUCCGCCCAGGCAGAACCGAAGAGUACUGCACUUUGACCAUCCUGGAUGACGCUCAGUACCCAGUGAUUGAAGGGGUGGAAACAUUCGUGGUCUAUUUAAGCUCGCCGCAGGGAGCGGAACUGGCCAAACCUUUCCAAGCCGUGGUAGCCAUUAAUGACGCCUUCCAAGAUGUACCAAGUAUGCAGUUUAAUAAAGAUCGGUUCCCGGCCAAAGAAAAGGAUGGAAUCUUGCACAUUCCUAUCAUGCGUACUGGAGACCUGAGCUAUGAGUCCUCCGUCAGGUGUUAUACCCAGAGUCAAACGGCAAAAGUCACGGAGGACUUUGAGGAAAGGCGAAAUGCUGAAGAGUCGCGUAUCACUUUUCUGAAAGGAGAGAAGGUGAAGAACUGCACUAUCUAUAUUAAUGACGACUCUGCGUUUGAACCAGAGGAGAAGUUUCAGAUAUAUCUAAGCAACGCUCUUGGAAACCACUGGAGUGGAGCUACCAUUGGGAAGAACAAUAUGGCUGUUGUCGUAAUCGCCAAUGAUGAAGAUGCACCCACCAUCGAAUUUGAAGAAACUGCCUACCAGAUCCGUGAACCUCCAGGGCCAGAGGGUGUGGCUUUCCUAAACGUCAAGGUGAUCCGAAGAGGGGACCAGAACAGGACCUCGAAGGUCCGCUGCAGCACUCGAGAUGGCUCAGCUCAGUCAGGGAUUGAUUACUACCCGAAAAGUCGAGUCCUGAAGUUUAGCCCUGGGGUGGAUCACAUCAUGUUUAAGGUAGAAAUCAUGUCCAAUGAAGACAGGGAAUGGCACGAGUCCUUUUCACUGGUGCUGGGACCCGAUGAUCCCAUCGAGGCAGUCCUGGGGGAGAUCACCACGACCAUCGUGACCAUUCUGGACCAGGAAGCAGCUGGAAGCCUCAUUUUACCAGCACCUCCUGUUGUGGUUACCCUGUCUGAAUAUGACCACGUAGAAGAAGACACCAAAGAAAGUGCUAAGAAGUCUCCCUCUCCAGGCUACCCACUGAUCUGCGUGACCCCUUGUGACCCUCACUUCCCCAAGUACUCUGUUAUGAAGGAGCGUUGCAAUGAGGCUGGGAUCAACCAAUCCUCCAUACAAUUCAGUUGGGAGGUUGCCACCCCCACUGAUGGAAACGGAGCCCGAUCCCCCUUCGAAACAAUUACAGACAACACGCCGUUCACCAGUGUCAACCACAUGGUGCUGGACAGCAUCUAUUUCAGCCGGCGAUUCCAUGUGCGUUGUGUAGCUAAAGCUGUGGAUAAGGUCGGCCAUGCAGGCACACCCCUGAGAAGCAACAUAGUCACCAUAGGGACGGACAGCGCCAUCUGUCACACUCCGGUGGUGGCUGGGACUGCUCGGGGCUUCCAGGCACAGUCGUUCAUUGCCACUUUGAAAUAUUUGGAUGUCAAGCACAAGGAACAUCCCAACAGAAUCCACAUCUCAGUGCAGAUUCCACACCAAGACGGAAUGCUCCCCCUUAUCUCCACCAUGCCCCUGCACAACCUCCACUUCCUCCUGUCAGAGUCCAUCUACAGGCACCAGCACGUCUGCUCCAACCUCGUCAGCAUCCAGGACCUUAAAGGCAUUUCAGAGGCUGGAUUCCUGGACGAAGUGACCUACCAUAGCAUCAUUCUGGGACCUGGAUAUGAUCGGCCGUACCAGUUUGAUCCCAGUGUGAGAGAGCCAAAGACAAUCCAGCUCUACAAACAUCUGAACCUGAAGAGCUGCAUUUGGACUUUUGAUGCUUACUAUGACAUGACAGAAUUAAUUGAUGUCUGCGGAGGUUCAGUCACUGCAGAUUUCCAGGUUCGUGAUUCAGCUCAGUCCUUCCUGACAGUCCAUGUGCCGCUCUACGUGUCCUACAUUUACGUGACGGCGCCCAGAGGAUGGGCCUCUCUCGAGCACCACACCGAGAUGGAGUUUUCCUUCUUUUAUGACACUGUUCUCUGGAGAACAGGCAUUCAGACAGACAGUGUCCUUUCGGCCAGACUGCAGAUAAUAAGGAUCUACAUCCGAGAUGAUGGCCGGCUCGUCAUUGAGUUCAAGACCCAUGCGAAGUUCAGAGGACAAUUCCUGAUGGAACACCACACAUUGCCGGAUGCGAAAUCUUUCAUAAUGACUCCUGACCACCUGGGAGGGAUCGAGUUCGACCUGCAGCUGUUAUGGAGUGGCCAGACUUUCGAUUCUCCUUAUCAACUCUGGAGAGCCACCAGCAGCUAUAGCAGGAAGGAUUACUCAGGAGAAUAUACCAUCUACUUAAUACCGUGUACAGUACAGCCCACGCAGUCAUGGGUUGAUCCGGGAGACAAGCCAUUUCCCUGUACUGCUCAUGCUCCAGAAAAAUUUUUGAUCCCAAUUGCCUUUCAGCAAACGAACCGGCCAGUUCCUGUCGUAUAUUCCCUCAACACCGAAUUUCAGCUCUGUAAUAAUGAAAAAGUGUUUCUGAUGGACCCAACCAAAUCGGAAAUGUCCAUGGAAGAGAUGGACUACAAAGGAGCUUUCUCAAAGGGUCAAAUCCUGUAUGGCCGAGUGAUGUGGAACCCUGAACAAAACCUCAACUCUGCCUACAAGCUGCAGCUGGAGAAAGUCUAUCUCUGCACUGGGAAGGAUGGCUACGUGCCUUUUUUUGACCCCACUGGGACCAUAUAUAAUGAAGGACCACAGUAUGGAUGCAUCCAGCCCAGCAAACACCUGAAACACAGAUUUCUAUUGCUGGACCGGAAUCAACCAGAAGUGACCGACAGGUACUUCCAUGAUGUACCUUUCGAUGCCUGUUUUGCCUCUGAUUUACCAGAUUUCCAUCAGGUCACGAGCAUGCCCGGAGUAGAUGGCUUCAUCAUGAAGGUGGAUGCGCUCUACAAGGUGGAAGCUGGACACCAGUGGUACCUUCAAGUGAUCUAUGUCAUUGGUCCUGAGGCCAUCACAGGCCCACGAGUCCCACGCUCCCUCGUACACCAGCUGAAACGCAAUCGUCGGGAUCUUGUGAACAACAAGGGUGGCUUGGCUCUGGAUGACUCUUUGAUUUACGACAAUGAAGGAGACCAAGUCAAGAAUGGCACCAACAUGAAGUCGCUCAACCUGGAGCGCCAAGAGGCGGUGGCUGCCGCCUCUUUGUCACAGACAGGGGCUUCCAUCGGCAGCGCCUUUGCAGCCACGAUGCUCCUGUUCCUCGUGCUCUUGGUCAUUUGCUUUGUGACCCGGAAGUGUCGGAAACACAGGAAAAAGAAAAAGUCCGCAACAGACAGCAUGGAGGAGUAUCCCCUCAAUACCAAAGUGGAAGCAGCAGCAAAGAGAAACACGGAGAGGGUAGAAAAGAAUGUAAAUAGACAGUAUUGUACGGUGAAGAACUUGAAUAUACUUUACGACAAUGAAGGGGCCUACAAGGUCAAAGGGGCAAAGGUCAAGCAAGUUAACUUGGAGGUGAAAGUUCACAACAAUUUACAUGAUGGAACAGAAGUUUAACAGCGCACAGAUUUCUUUUUGUAACAUCUUUUUAU